GAAAUGAUUUUUAAUUCAAAAUGGCUGGAGAGAUAUGGUCAAAAACGUUUCUGAUUUUGAUGUUGGUUAUAGAAACAGUCAUAUACAAAGUCGAUAGCGGAAAUGAUGACAGUCAUACAGGAAAAGAACAUAAUCCAAGUACUAGCAGUCCAACUGGUUCAGACUAUACGUUUGAUUCAAAGAAGAACUCAGCAGAAUGGAAAACAAUAAUGCCAACACAAGUGGAAAGCAAAAGCGACUCUACAAUUGAAAAUUCGACAUCAAGAUAUGAGUUCAAUACGACAAACAACCCUUUUCUCUUCGAUAACUCAGUUUUUGUCCUGCAGAUAGGCAUUGCUAUAAGCGUGUCAUGUUUUGUACUUUUAAUCGCAACAUUAUCUUGCUGCAUAUACAGACCAAAAAGGGAAACAUAUACAUAUCCUAUUUCAAGGUCAGAAGAAAAUAUUGUCAUGGCCGUAAAGGGGCAUUCACAUCAACCAACUACUGUUUUAGCUGAUAACUAUUCAGAUCCUGUAGACAUAGCAUCGACAUCAAAUGAAGUGGAAGGACCACGUUUCUGUGCAACCGAAUCUUGCCAAAACACAAAUCAUCAAAAGACAGAAAACGGUGAAUAUCACCAUCUUGACUUCACGUUGCGAUCUGAAACAGCAGCUCGUUUUGCAGACAACAGUGAAUACGAACAUGUCAGAGCUAAUGUGGUCAGUUUUUUCGAACAGCCAUGGGACACGGCAACGUCUAAAGUGAACAAAUUAUUUUCUCAGAUUAGCAAAAGCGUUGUACAAAAGGGUCAAAAUAUGCGAAAAUCCUUAAUCAAAAGGCGCGUCUCACGAUCUGGUAGUCCAACAUUAAAAUGCCGAGCAAGUGAUUAUUGUGAUGCUUUGAAAACACAAUUGAACAAUCAACAAUUGGUAUUCGACUCUGAUGUGGAUAAUCAAAGUAAUACAAGUAACGACGUAGCGAAUUCUACUGUUGAUUCCAACAAAGAUGAGUGCGUAUUUAGAAGGAAUGACAGUGCAUUUCCGGUUUUACCAUAUUCAGAGAGAAUAAACGUUAAAAGUACACACAUUUAUGACGAACCCGACGACAGAAGAAUGUCUUUAAGAGAAAGACUCUUGCAUAUGAUCUCAAUAAGACCACUUAAAAUGCCAUUUGGUAUAGAACUCAAUUUAAGAGGAUCUAGAAGCAAAUCUAAAAUUUAUUCUUUAGAAACACCUAUUGAUGAAAUAGACGAGAGUGUAGCUUAAGUUGUAUAAUUUUAAAUAGUAAAAGAUGUAUCUGGGAGUCUGUGUAAAUUAGUUAAAUUUUCCAAUGAUUAAUUAUGUCAAGAAUACCAACCUUACUCAUGUUACUAACGUAUUACACUGAACAAAACGUUACAUGUUCAUCAAUGCUGUCUUAAACAUGUAUAAUCCUGAAAUGGAAUUCAACGAAACAUAAAAGGAUUUUUUUCCUUUAAUUAAUCAAGAUGUAAAUUCCAAUAAAAAAAUUUUAAUCACGUUU